CGCUCCACAAACAUCGUGCGGAGUCUGCUGUUGUUGUCUAGACCUGUGUAUAAUCAAGAUGUCAUCACGUGUCAAAUCUAGCGAAGUCAACCAAAAACGUAACAUGUCGAAGUCAAUUUAUCUCGUCCUUCUGCUGAUUCUGAACUUCACGUCUGGCUAUUGCGCGGAGCAGAAGUUUGGGAACUUAGAUAAGCGAGUGGCAGAGCUUGAAGAAAUCAUGCAAGUUCUGGAGGAAAAUUUUGGCUUAUCGAAAUUCAAGAGCUCUUCGUCAUUUACGGGUCGUUUCGUUAACUGGCCUACUCCAUAUUCAGAAUACACAUCACUGCCCAAACUGGUAAAGUGCGAGCGUAACAUGGACCCCGACUACCCCCAUUUGGUGCUGGCCGUUAUUGAGGGCGGGCAUGUGGUCAUGUGUGACACAAAAACAGACGGUGGAGGGUGGAUCAUCAUGCAGCGUCGUGUUGUUGGUGACGUCAACUUUCACCGAGGCUGGCAUGACUACAAGCACGGGUUUGGGUCCUACAACGGAGAUUUCUGGCUGGGUAACGAGCUCAUUCACCAGCUAACUGCCGAGGGUCAGUUUGAACUACGAGUGGACUUUGUGUACGAUCGUUACGACUACACCGCGGUAUACGACAGCUUCCGGGUGGAGAGCGAAUCUUCUCUGUACAAACUCCGGCUGGGUCAGAGAACCCAGGGCAACAACGACCAACUGACGGUACACAAGGACGCCAACUUCUCCACCAUCGACCGCGACAACAGCAACUGGUGCGCCAAGAACUUUCUGGGCGGGUGGUGGUACUUUGAUAAUGAUUCAUGCAUGGCUGUAAACCCUAACGGAGUCUGGAAAUUGAACUCAAAACAGGGGUUAUACUGGCAGGGUGUGACGCCAGAGAACUCAGUGAACAGGGUCGAGUUCAAGUUUAGACCAAAGUGUUAGGUCAACGGUCGAACUUGGUCGAUCUGAGAGGGAGGUCAACAGUCGAACUUAGUAGAUCUGA